UGUCGUUUUGCUUAUAAAAAAGGGAAAAAAUAUCUUCCACCAUUUUCCCGCUAAAAAGCAGAGAAUCACGUUUCUAGAAUCUUCCGUCGCCGCCGUAAUGUCGAAGAAAAGAGGACUUUCGUUGGAAGAGAAGCGAGAGAAGAUGCUUCAGAUCUUUUACGAAUCACAAGAUUUCUUUCUGCUUAAGGAGCUUGAGAAGAUGGGCCCCAAGAAGGGUGUGAUUAGUCAGUCUGUUAAAGAUGUGGUCCAAAGUUUGGUGGAUGAUGACCUUGUUUCAAAAGAUAAGAUAGGUACUUCGGUAUACUUCUGGAGUCUUCCUAGCUGCGCUGGAAAUCAGCUUAGGAAUGUACAUCAAAAACUUGAUUCUGAACUGCAAAACAGUGGUACACGGCAUGCCCAACUUGUUGAGCAAUGUGAGGCACUAAAGAAGGGGCGUGAGGAAUCUGAUGAACGAGAAGCGGCCUUAGCAGAUUUAAAAGCCAUUCAGCUGAAGCAUAAUGAGUUGAAGAAUGAGUUAGAAAAAUAUAGAGAUAAUGAUCCUGCUGCCUUUGAAGCAAUGAGGGAAGCAAUUGAAGUUGCUCAUACAGCAGCUAACAGAUGGACAGACAAUAUUUUCACUCUGAAGCAAUGGUGUUCAAACAACUUCCCUCAGGCUAAGGAACAACUUCAGAGCAUGUACCAGGAGAUUGGUAUAACAGAUGAAUUUGAUUAUUUGGAGAUGACACCUCUUCCAUCCAAAGUAGUAGCUGAUUAAAUAUUGCUUGGUCUGUCAGAAAACCGAAUCCCCUUGUUGCCGUGCUUCUCUCAAACACUGACAACUAAAAUGUUAACUUGAGUAUUGCCAUUGACAUCCUCUUUUUGUAGAGAAAUGACUUGUAUUUUUCUCUCUUAAUCAGGAUUAGGUUUUGAGAAUAUGUAUAUAUAUUAAAAUUAUCUUUUUCUACCUCUUUAUUUGUUUACUAUUUUGACUAAGUUAGGCAUUACUGAUUGUGCAGCAUGAUUCAGUGAUUCUUUUUUAUGGUAAGAAAAACAAAAGUUUUUGUGGUUAUUA